AUGCAAUUGUCGACCGAGGAUAAACUUGAAUACCAAUUCAACGAGGUGUCAGGUGGAUCGCUGCACUUCAAAGUGAAAGCAGCCAACGAUGCCCACAUCGCCCUCACGACGGGACCCUCCGAAAGUGAGCCCAUCUAUGAAAUCUUCAUCGGCGGCUGGUCGAACGCAAAGUCAGCAAUCCGCAAGAACAAGGCGAAGCCAGACGCGGCGUUGGUAGAGACGCCGAACAUCCUGAAUGCGGACGAGUCGCUGGGCUUCUGGUUGCGCUGGAACGGCGGUGCGAUCGCGGUGGGUCGCCAGGGUGAGGCUGAGCCCUUCAUCAGCUGGGAGGACCCCGAACCAUUCGUUGUCACCCACUACGGUGUAUGCACCGGAUGGGGAGCCACUGGCGAAUGGGUUAUUGACGCCCCGGCAGCCCAGCCCGGCUGGAACGUGGAGACGCCGGUGGAGAGCGGAGCGCCUGCUACCUGGGUUCCAGUGGCCGGAGGAGAGCCGGUGCCACCUAAUGCUAUCCCCGCCGGACUGGACAACGGCAGCGAGCAGCUGUAUGUCGGGAGAGCCAAGCACGACAGUGGCGCACUCAUCCCCGGCAAGGUGGUGCCUUCGCAUGGCGUCUGCUAUGUGCCCUGGGGCGGCGAGGAGCAUGGCAUCGCCGAAUACGAGGUGCUGACCGGAUGCGAGGUGACGUGGAUGCCGUCUGCGAGCGGACAGGUGCCGUCUGGUGCCCUGGAGGCGGGGCAGACCGAAGACGGCGAGACGCUCUACAUUGGUCGCGCUACUCACGAGGGUGCGUCGGCUGUCGGAAAGGUGCAAGGAACCCAUGGAGUGUGCUACAUACCUUACGGCGGAGCGGAAAUCCCCUACAAUGACUAUGAAGUUUUAGUUGCGAAGUGCAAGGAACCCAUGGAGUGUGCUACAUACCUUACGGCGGAGCGGAAAUCCCCUACAAUGACUAUGAAGUUUUAG